GCGUGGGCCAUGUAGUUCCCUGACUUUUUCGGGCCGAGCUCAGUCGCCUCCUAGCCGGCAACGAGGCCACAACAUGUGGUUGGUGCGGAUCUUACACUUUGCCCUAUUUCUGCUAAUGGGUUACCAUGGAGAAAGUGUUGAUGGGCGAUCAGAUAUUAUAAUCUCGAGUUAUGGAGACUUUUAUGGAAAUGCAACUGGAACGCGAUGGUUUAGAUUUCGCGACUUUGAGCCCCGACAUCUGGAGAUGGAGAUUCCGGAAAUCGAGAAUCCCGAAGGUGAUCGUGAAGGAAGGGGCUUCCACUUCCAUGCCAGUGGCGAGGAUGUCAGCGUGGAAAUGGAGUUUAUUGUACCGUUUGCCAAAAUUCCGGUCAAGAGGAGCAUGAAAUUGGCCAGGGAUGCAGUGCAGAGUAUUUUAAACCUGAGAACUGGAGCAAUCCUCAAUACAGCAGUUGUGGUGGCAGCUGGAGCAGUAAUAGCCGCGGUGGUGCGCCUAGUUUUGGCGCCUCUGGUGAUUACCAGUAUAGGUAAUGGAUAUGCCUACAAAUCGGACUCGGAAAGGGGUAUGCGUCGUCUCACCGAUGUAGUGGAAUCCCAGCUGGAGGAACACAACAUCGAUAUGUCCGUGUGCAUCCAGCGAUGGCUCUGCAACUAUCUCCACAAGAACCUAUCUGUCGGAUAUACCAGGGUUCUUAACGUGCUAACUAAUGCCCCUUGGCUGCAUCCAUAUGUGAAUGGAACCGCCGUUUUCCAUGCCAUUGAAAGUUCCCAAAGCAGUCGAAGUUGCAGUCAGACAUAUCAUCAAUGUCGUUGGGAGAAUCGCUGGACAUCGAUCGGUGGCAUAUCCCCAGUAAUGAAAUUCUUCAAUGGAUAA